UCGGGACUAAUCAUCCGGGCGAAGCGUGAAUGGCUGCUUCCUGUCCGAAUCCAGACAGCUGACGGCGCUCGGGAAGGGUUUUGCCCCUUUUUUAUUCACUCGCUCCAAAUUAAAACUCCCCACCCCUCAUCCAUCCCGGAGUUCCGGGAUUUUUCCUCUCUUCCCCUCUCCCUUCUCGCGUCCCUUCGAGUCUUUGUAGCCGGUUCUGCUUUCCGGCGAGGUCGACGGCUCUGACGGUGGUGGGUGCUCGACGCCCAAGUCCAAUCCGGCGACUUUGGAGAUCAGCAUAAGAUUCUAUUUGAAGUAGCUUUAAAAAGGCUUCCAGAUUAAGGUGAUGGGAUAUCGGGAAAACUUGGAAUUCUACUUCAAUCUCUCGCGCAAAGAGCUUCAGGUGUUGUGCAAAAGCCACAACCUUCCUGCAAAUAGAAGUAAUUCUCAAUUAGCCAAGUCACUGGCUUUAUUUCUAAGGAAAGAAAAUGCCGCAUCUUCAAUGCUGAGACCAUUGGUGCCAGAAUCAAAUGCUAAAGAAACAGUCAAUCCUCUGGAGGAAACUACUAGAGAUGUUGUAGGAGCAUUUGAAAAAAGCAACUCUUCCAGGAUUGAUAACCAUGGACUGGCAUCUGGGAUUAAUAGGAAGCUAAAUGAUGAUCAGCCACAUUCUCGUACAAGAAAUCAGAUGGAAAGUGGUAGCCACUUGAUAGGCCAAACAUCAGAGAAGGCAUAUGAUACAGCUGCAAAUGUGGUUUGUUCAUACCCUAUUAAUAUUGAAACCAUGGAAGGUUUUGGUUCUUCUACUUCUGAACCUAGUGAUAUGGGCGCAAUAUCUCAGGUUGCUGCUGAGAUCCACCAUAUUACAGCAGUGCCAGAACUUCAUUUUGAUAGCAAUUAUGUUGCUUUUAUGAAUGGAUCGCGGAAAGCCUUAGAGCUGAGAAGCUGUGGUCAGAAAUUACCAAUUCAUGCUGUGACCAAUGCUGGGACUUCUAAUAUGACACCAUGUGGACAUAAAAGAGCUGGUGAUUGUUCCAGAGAAAGUGGUUUUGUAUCUUCUGAUGAAACUUCUACAAAAGUGCUUCCUUCACUCCAAUUUUUUGUGAUGUCCGAGAAGGGAAUUAAUCUAUAUGUAGAUUUGAAUCAUAGCCCAUCAGAAUGGAUCAACAGCUUGAAGGACGAAGUGUGCAUUCAUCCAGAAGCACAAAACCAUGAAUCAAAGACUAUUUCCACUUGUAUUAGUGGCUUGGCAGAUGCUGAUGAACAUAUGAAAAUUUCACCAUCUGGGAGCACUGGAAUAUGUAUUCAAACCAAUGGGGCUGAGAAGAACACUGGAUGUACCAAUUCUUCCUUCAGUUCAGUUGUUAGUGAGAAUUGUCAAUCUGAGGCCUGUCCACAAGAUGCAACUGUUGUAACUUCUCGAGUCUCUGUAUUGACAUCAAGUAGUAUCCCUGUUGAAACAUCUGGUUCUCUGGAGGCGAAUCAAGUGGUUUCAUCUUCCUGUGUAACAAAUUCUGAUGUUCACGACCACAUGGCAUCUGAUACUACAUCUUGUCCCAGAGAUGAGCAGGUCCUACAUCAUGACUCUGGUGAUGCUUCUUUUAGGAUUGAUAAGAGCAGUUCAUCAAUACCUGAUACUUCUAUCAAAUCUGUUGGCAACAUAGAUUCAAGUCUUGAUGGAAACAGUAAACCUGAAACAGAUGAGUGUUGCACUCUGAAGAUAGCAAGUGCUGAUUUUAAUAAUGUAGAAGCUGGUGCUUUAGACAAACCCAUGAAUGGUAUCUGCAGGAGAAAUAAUGUUCUAAUAUCUAAUGGAAUGCAAGAUAGUGUGGAAGCAUCUUAUGCCGGCUAUUCUGAAAAUCAUAGUGGAGCAUGUGAACUUCCAACUGAAAGAGAGCGCAUGGAAGUAUUACCAGAAGCCACAGGUCACCUCAAGAUUUUAUCAAAUUCUGGCCAAAUUGAUGGGCAAAUGUUAUUGGAUCAUCCAAUGACUGAUGCACAAUCAGAUGCAGGGUCCACCGACAAUCUUUCUAAUCAGCAUGCGUGUGGUAGCUUUGGAAAUUCUGUUUCUGAUGAUCCGUUGUCAGCAUUUGGGGAUGAAAUGGGUAAAAGCAAUCCAAUGAAGGGGAAUGAUGGCUCAGAAUGCUCACAAUUUCAGAACACCUUCGACAAAAGUUCUAAAAGAGCUCACGAUCCAGAGUCUGCUGAGGAGCUCCAGAGUAAAAGGCAGCAUGUUUGUGGUGAAAAGAGUGCAAUGAUGAAUUUAAGAAGCUCUAAGACUUCAGCAAAAGAAACUCCAUGUGAUCCUGUUGUCUUUCCUAGACGUUCCACACGGCUUGUUUCUAAGUGAAAUCGAAGUUAAUCAAAGUUUGUCAGGUGGUGUUGGUCUGGAUUCAGAUCGUUCAUCACUCUUUUUCACUCAAGUGUAGAUUUUAUUCGGAAGAAAUGUGCACAAAAAAUCCAGGACAUUGAACCAUCCCCUUUUCUCAUGAAGUGGAAAUUGUAGGCUGCAGCAGCCUCAUGUUGGAAGUUUACUGCAAAUGGCAACAUAUUGCAUGAAGUGAUAUGAGUCUCCCUAGAAAUAUCUAGCAUUUCGUUAGAUCGCUUGAACUUGCUGAUUGUCCACUAAGUAAUUUCUCUCUUUUGGUUGUAGCCGAUGCAGCAUUCAUGCCCUCUUUCCAAACAUUCAUUUUGUGUUGGAAGAAAUUAUCUACAACACAGUACAGCUUCAAACUACCAUGUUCAUCAUUUAUACCAACUUUGUAUAAACUUGAGCAAAGCUUCUGCAUCCAAUAGUAUCGAAGUUGCAACUCUAAACAUUCCGUUACAUGGAGUUGGUGGAACUUUGUAGCCUUACAUUGAUACACUAGUUUGUUAUGCAGCUUCUAUGCACUUGCGUAAAUGGGAUUCCUGUCUGGAAAGGCUGCAAGGAGGAACGAAGGUGAGAGGUCAAAGUAAAAAAAAAGAAGAAGAAGAAAAAAAAAAAAAAAAAAAAACAAAGGCUUGACACUAUUGGUUUCCUGUUUUGUUAAUUCAAUUGGCAUGCUCCUACCUCUCUUGGUUCUAAUUGAGACAGUAUGAUGGGUCUUUCCUCUCAUGCUAUAGGCAGUUGAGCUUAACUUUAGCAUUCUAUGUGACCGACAGUGCUUAUAUGGCUGGCUAGAGAUGAUUGAAAGUUGAUACUACGCUGCUCAUUUCAUGCUGGAGUGUACAGGAGGCUUGUUCUGGCCUUCAUAAUAAUAAAUUUCACAGCUCAUAAGGUGCAUGAUCCAUCAGUUCAUUGCUCCAAAGGUAAUAUUACUCAGUUUU